CACAAUGUUGCCGGAAGUUGAUUAAAUCGACACCGACUUCGUCAUCACGAAACGAAAGUGUCAUGGAGGAAUUAGACGAAAACGCUCGUGAUAAGGAAAAGUCGUUGGCAAAAAAUAGUAAAACUGAGGACGGUGGAAACAUGAAAACACAGCUUCACAAGCCCUGUUCCCAGGACAAGCAAGACACAUCCCCCGCUGUUACCACCACGGAGUACUGCGAAAAACUACAGGAGUGGAUGUGGCAGUACUACUACAGCUACAUGAACUGGCAGAGCUGGAUAGCUAUGUCUGGGUUUUCCUUCCCACCGUGUUUCCCAACACAAGGAACAAAUGAAACGCCCGGGGCGACGACAUGGGGAGCAGAUGUGUCGAAUGGAGACCUUCGCAAUUGGUUUAGCAGCAGCCCGUUUGGUUUUCCUGCUGCAGCAGCGAGCGGACAGAGUCCUCCUCGAGCUCCGGCUGCGCAGCUGCCACAACAACAACAACAACAACAACAGCAGCAGCAGCCUAAUGGAAACGCUCAACAGCCAGGUAGGGAAUAUUCUAUUCCCUCUCCUCUCCAACGAUUCAUGGCAGAAAUGGUGGAUUUCUUUAUUCUUUUUUUCAUUAAAGCUACAAUUAUCCUCAGUAUUGUCCACUUGAGUGGAAUGAAGGACAUCUCAAAGUUUGCCAUGCACUUCAUUGUAGAGGAGAUUGAUGAGGACACAUCAAUGGAGGAACUGCAGAAGAUGAUGCUUGUGGCUCUAGUGUACAGGAUAUUAGUUUGCUUUUAUGAGAUCAUAUGUAUUUGGGGAGCUGGUGGGGCUACACCAGGGAAGUUCCUCAUUGGCUUACGAGUGGUCACAUGUGACAGCUCCGUCCUGGUUCAGCCAAACCGCGUUCUUGUGGUUCCAGCGACUAACGUCACGCUUUCUGCGUCGACCGUGAGAGCCUUAAACAAGAACUUCUCCAUCGCUUUCUUCUUUCCGGCGUUCAUCACGCUGCUUUUCUUUCAGCACAACAGGACUGUGUAUGACAUUGUGGCCGGCACCAUUGUGGUCAAGAGAAACAGGCUUAGAUGACUGUCACUGAAGUCGAUACCAACCUUAAAUUGUAAUGCAAAAACAAGCUUAUAGACAAAUGAGAGCAAACCAGCUGCAGUGACACAUGCUGAACUGAACUAAAGCUACUGGGCUCUCGAAGAACUGUCACUUUAAGAGCUGAACACCGUAUUUCCAGUAUUUCUCACCCAUCAUCUUUGGACACCUAGUCUUUUAAGCAUGAACUGCUUUCUCAGAAGUAUUUUUUAAUCAUCUGUGGUGACAUCUUUAAAUCUUUUUCUUGUGCCAAAAUAAGAUAAUUUAUAAAUGAGCUGCCUCACAAUACUUGAACUUCCUCUGGUACGUGCAUUUCAUCUCUAUCUCUCUCUGUUUGUUAAUGUAUGUGGAUUAUUAAUCUGAAUAUUUGCUAAGAAUAUUAUUUGACUGAUGGCAUUUAAGCAGGAAUUAACAUUUCUCCAAGUGUCCCAGAGAAAGCCUUCUGUGUUGUCUGUUUAUAGAUUGAACAUUUAUACCAACAACAAUCAUUUGAAUAGACAUGUUUAAACAGGGAUUUACAGCACAUGAAAAAAGGAUUCAUUUUUUGAAAUUGUAUUUACGUAUGCAGAUGCAAAGUAGGCUGCAUUAGGUUCAUUUCCAAAAAGCUGUAAGAGUCAGCAUGUGACAAGAGUCAGAAUGUGGACAAAUUGUCAGCAAAUAUUUAGAAGUCUCUUGAAACACUUUCAAGACAAAAUUUUCAUUUUUUUUUAUAGGUCUGGACAGUAAUAAACUUCUAAAUUAUGCUGAUACAUGUAAAGAAAAUUAAAAGAAUGAGGCUCUACUAAAUAUUUUGAAAUAAAUACUUGUAAAAACCUAACAAUAUGGUACUGAUAUAUUGUGUAUCACAAUUUUUUUAAUGAAAAGACUGCUAAAUUUUUCAGUCUGCUAUUAAAUUACAUUAAUUGAAGAAGGGCAGUAAUCAUUUGGAUUGUAUUGGUCACAGACAGAUAAUGUGUAUAAAAAAGGGGACAGUCUUACAUUGAGGAAAGUGUGGCAUCUGGCACUCCUAGCAGGUUUUCUCAUCACUAGACAUAAGUCACCAGUAGAUGGCGCGAGAGCGCUGAUUUGCAUGUAAACUGCCUGUGGCUCAGUGUUGCCAAUUUGGGGAUUUUGUCACCAAAUUUAGCUACUUUCUCAUUGUAGCUGCGACUUUUUUUGCGACUUUUUUUUUUUUUUUUUUUUUUUUUUUUUUUUUUUUUUUUUUUUUUGCGACAAGGAGCUAUUUUAGCUAUAUUUAAAUAAAUCUAGCGAUUUUUUUAUUUUUUACUUGGCCACACCCUGCUGUAGGCCAGUGACCUCUCACAUUUGCUCUCAGUCAUUGCAAUGAGUCUGCACAAUGAACACACCAGUACGCCAUGCCUGCCAUGACGCACACCACAAUUUCAUUGAUUACACGAGGGCAACAACUACUCAAUGCAUGAACAUCUUGUUUUAACCACGGACACAAAAGUUAUACCACAAUUCAUGCACAGUCAUGUCAACCAGAUACUGAGAGACACAGUGCAUCAUCGUGUCAUGUGUGCUGGGAUGCAGUAUUUUGCACUUACUUUGUAGUAAUAGAGUGUGUUGACUGAAAUAAGUUUGUAUGAAUAAAGUUUGUGUGAAUGUAAUAUCUCUUAUCUGUUGUAUUUGAGCAGGACAGGGGUGCACUUUGGUGACACAUAAAACAAAUUCCCAACAAAUUCCUUCAUUUCCAUCAU